AUGAUUGGAGAAAACCCUAAACAAUUUUAUAACACAACCGAAAAAGAUAAAUUACCAAAGGACAAAAUACAAAAAAUUUCUUCAAUUAAACAAUACAUUUCUUUUUCAAAUAUUUCUGAAAAACUUUUUACAAAUAGUUUUAAUUUAUCAGAAAAUUGUGUAGAUACUCGAGAUUUACAAGAAUAUUUACAGGCAAUUGAAAUAGACUUUCAUAAAGGUAUUGUUGAAGAUCAAAAUUGGUUUGCGCUUUAUUGUUCUUUAGAACAUAUAUUUAGUCCUCGAAUUUGUUUUGCUCGUUUAGAGGCCCCAACAAAUUUUGGGCCUUCUCUAAAUUUUGUCAGAUUUAUUUUACUCGUUAUUGGCCCUUUACAACAAAAAGAAACAAAAUCAGCUUUUGAAAUUACUCGAACUUUUGGUACAUUAUUAGCUAAUCCAGAAUUAAGAAAUGAACUUUUAAAUGCAAAUAAUGAACAUGAAUUUGUUUCUGCAAUUUGUGAAAAAGCUAAAAAUAUUGAAAAUGAAGAGGAAAUUGAGGAAAAGGAAUUGAAAAAAGAGACAAAAACUAAUUUAGUUGAGUCCUCAAAAUGGCAUAUUGGACGUGGCCUUAUCAAAGAUUUUAAACGUCGAUUACCUCAUUACAAAAAUGAUUUUCUUGAUGGAAUUGCAGAUUCCCGUUCCUUUCAAAAAACAAUUAGUUCCGCCGUUUUUCUAUUUUUUAUUGUUCUUCCAACAGCUAUUGCUCUAGGAAUGCUUAAUGAUGAAAAUACACACUCAAAAAUUAAUGUUAAAAAAGUAAUUCUUGGUCAAUGGAUUGGAGGGUUACUUUUUGGUAUAUUUGGAGGGCAACUUUUUUUGGUUAUAUUAACUAGUCCACCAAUAUCUAUUUAUAUUAAAGUAAUUGAAAGAAUCUCUCAUUCAACUAAUUUUGAUUUUUUCCAAAUUUAUUCCGGUAUUGGUUUGUGGUGCUGUUUUUAUUUACUUUUAUUUGCUUUAUUUGAAGCUGCUAAUGUUAUGAAAUAUGCUAAACGAUCAUUAGAAGAAUUAUUUAGUUUAUUUAUUGCCUGUACUUUAACUAUAGAAGCAUUUAAAGCUGCAAAAAGAAUGUUAGACAAAGCCUUUCUUCCCCAUUGUUCUGAACUUUUUAUUAAUUCAACCAAUCAUUUAUUGCACUUACUUCAACAUCCACCUCCUCCUCAUUUAGGCAAAAUUCAUUAUAAAUAA